UCUUCCAGCAGGCGUUCUCUUAUUUUCAAAACAAAUACCGGGAUCAAGCAGUCAACGCUGCUACUACGUGACUAGAGAUCUAGAUACGACGCGGGUGUAAACCUGGAACCCGCUGCAAGCGAGCCUUCGAGUGACAGAGAACCUUGGUGUGUCUUGGACCUUCUCCUCCGUGCAUUCUCCCUCAGCGGCGGCAGCCGCCCCAGUGGUACCUAGCAAGCAAGGGAGCAACAACACGGGGAGGCCUGGCCACCACCGAGCCUUGCUCUCCCCUCCUCCGGCUCUCCAUUGUUCCCGCCCCUUCGUCUGCCGCUUCUAGUCUCCGUUCGUGCUGCUGCGGCUGCAGUUUCUCUCUCCCAGCCCCUUCCCCUUCCGCCGUCGCCGCUACCUUCGCCCUAAGCUUUCCGGCGCUGGAGAGAGUGGCGAGAGCAUCCCUCUUUCCUCCCUAGUGCCGCCGUUUGCCUGUGCGGGGAAACUCCCAGGGCCCCUGCGCCGCCAUGUCCCGCUACACGCGGCCUCCCAACACCUCGCUCUUCGUCAGGAACGUGGCGGACGCCACUAGAAAAUGUAAAGCAGUCCACAGUGGCUGGCAAGCACCCCAAAGUUUGAAUGAACCUGGUUAGAUAGAGUCCAAGCAGGCAAGCCAAAAGACACCUUAAAGUUCAAGCUUCAAGGAAUAAAGAGGGAGGGUGGAAACAGAUAAAAAGAAAACUGGAAGAGGGGAAGUCCUUUUUCCAAGGAAAAGACAAAGCCACAACACCAAGUUAAGGCUUCGGCUUUCCGACAUUUGCUCAGAGUUCCAAAGUCAAAGCCAAGUCUGAUUUGGUUGGUUCUACGGCCCUUGUCAAGUCCAUCUAGCAAGCCCUAAAGAGUAAAGGUCAAGAUCAAGUGACGUUGGAGGUAACUGCCAAAGUUUCCUUUUGUAUCUUAUCACUCAAGCUCUUAAAUUUCAGUCAAGAAUUUGUUUGUUUAUAUGUUUUAUUUUAAAAUAUUGCUUCCUUCAACUAGUCCAAGAGAACUGUAUGCAAAUAUUUGUUCGUUUUUCUAUUAAUCAUUCCCUGACAGAAUAGAUUUGACUGGAAACUAAAAUAUAUCAGUUGUUUAGAUGAUCUAGCACAUUUUUCUGGCACGUACAAUGAUUUGUUUUCAAUAAUGGGAAUAAAACAGAAGGGGGAAAGAAAGACGAAAGCCAGAUGUUUAUGGAUAGAUGUCACAAUGUUUGCAUUAAAACAGAACAGAAAUAUUAAUUUAAAUUAUUGUCAAAGUAUAGUAAAUAUUUGCCUGUUUAAAAUAAUGCUUCUUAAUCUAAAAGACCCUUAAAUGAUAUGCACACCUUAAAUACACCUGCACUGAUUCAGUUAUUUGUUAUAGGUAAUGGGUCUCAGAAAUGCACAUGAAGCUUCUCUUCCUGGCAGGGCUUUGCGAUUCAUAUCAGUGGAGGGACAAUUCUCUGUGUGGGUGCCCCUUCAUUGAAAUGGAUGGGAAAGUCCAUACGUGCAGCAAUUUUGUGCAUGUUUGUGUGCACAUACAGAUUUCUGGAUCAGGACGAUUGUAUUUUAAAGGUAUUCAUUGUUACCUUGUUUUUGCAUAGGCUUAUACUUUACAUGGCAGUUUAGGUAGAGACACACUGGUGCUUGCUGUGGUACAUACACAAAGUGUGAAGGGGAGAUGCAUCUUUCCAAACACUGCUGCCUCCAAGGUCUGGGGUGGGUGGGUCCUCAGGCAAGACACCCCUGGUGGUCCCCUGAAAAGGUGCAAAAAGAAAUACUUGAACCUUCCUGGGUAUUUAAUUAAAAGUGAGAAUGAUGACACAUUUGGGUUAGUGGGCCACUUGUGGGCCCUGUUCUCCUGUGUGUAACCCUGAGUGUUUAGGGAUAUGUAUUUUCCUUCUAUGGUUUAAUUAUUUACCACAGUAAGCACUGAUGGAAUACUGGUGUACUUGAGUGGCCAUGUAAAGUAUGAAACAGCUCUAAGCUUAAGUAACAUGAUUUAAAAGCAUCUGAGUCUCUUACUCUGUGAUAUAUGAUAAAAUCUUUUGCUUUGUGCAUGUUUAAAGCGUCCUUAACAGACAGUCAUGUUUGAAGAUGUUCGCGAUGCAGAAGAUGCUCUUUAUAACCUCAAUAGAAAGUGGGUAUGUGGCCGGCAAAUUGAAAUACAGUUUGCACAAGGUGAUCGCAAAACACCAGGUCAGAUGAAAUCAAAAGAGCGUCGCCAGUGUUCCCCAAUGGACUAUAGAAGGUCAAGAAGUCACAGUCGAAGAAGGACACGUAGCAGAAGUUCUUCAUGGGGCUGGAGCAGGAGACACUCUGACAGUUUUAAAGAGUCAAGGCAUAGACGGCAUUCUUACAGCCAAUCUAAGUCUCGCUCAAAAUCUCUUCCAAGGCAUUCCAGCUCACCAAGACGAUCCAUUACACCUCAAAGAAAUUCUAGUUCUAGAGGGAGAUCCCGAUCAAAGUCACCCCAGAGAAGCUCAAAAUAUGCAGAAAAAUCUCCAUCUAGUUCCCACAGAAGACGGUCAAGUUCAAGAACAAAAUCACGAUCAAAUCCAAAGCAUUCGGGCUCAGCUACAAGAUCCCAGUCUAAGUCUCCACGGAAACAUGCUAAUUCCAGUUCUCGCUCCCACUCAAGGAGUUUCUAUCAGAGAAAUAGUAACCAGUCAGUAUCUGAAGAAGAUUAAUGCCUCUUUUUCUUUAACACAGUUUUUAUGAGCACAAAAUAAGAACAAAAAUUGUCCAAAACUUAUCUGAGAUGCAAAGAAAUGAUGUAUUUGAGUAAUGAGAGGUGUUGCUGUGUUGUCCUUUUGGUCCAUGCUACAGUGUGCAGUACUCCUUAAGCUACUAUUUCUGUUAUUUUCUAAAAAUGCGUAUCUGUUCUAGAUUAUCUAAUUUACAAUCCAAUAACAUGCCCAGUUACAGCGCUGAAUCAGACAUUACGCUCCCUGCAUCAGUUCAGGCUGAUGCCAUUUUCUGCCCUGCUGCAGCUUCACUGGCUGCUGCACUAAGCUGUUUCUUAGGGGCAGAGCUGCCAUUGUCCCCUUGCUCCAAAUCCUUGGAGCUGCCAGAGCCUAAUGCUAAUGCAGCUUUGCACCAUGUAAAAGCUCUUCAAGCCGUUUUCCCCCCCUCCACAUGUUCAGCGACAGGUUAUCUUCACAGAAUAGUUUUAUUCUGUGCUUAGUGGUGAAGCAUUGUCACAGAAUACCUUUCUAGUUAUUGCAGUGCUAGCAAGACUUUUGCUGCAAGACCUACAGCUAGGAUAGACUUGUCUUGCCCAACAAGUAGCCUUUAGCUCUUGGUUUUGAUGCUCACAUGAAUUAGAUGAGGUUAAGAGUUGCUUCAUCUUACUGGGGUCUUUUUGUGACGGCGGGAUUGGGGGGGGGUCAUUAUGUUGGUACCUGUUUUUUGCAAUAGCAUUGACAUUUGAAGGUGAAAUUAGGGCCGUUUGAGGAAGACACUGCACACUAGUGUUAUGUUUGAAAUGUUCCUUUCAAACUAUAAGCUGAUUGUUUCAAAUUUGAGAACCAUGUUAAUAGGAUAGUAUGGGUAACAAUUUGCGUAAUAUAGGGAAGCAGGAAUCAUGCAUUUUUCUGGCUUUACAUUUAUUUAUGAACAUUGAAAAGGAAAACUAGCUGAAGCAGUUAAUUACUCUUAAGGCCUCCUUUGUAGAGAGAUAACUGCACUUAAAUGACAUGAAUAGCCCAAUCUAGAUAUCUACAAGCAUGUAAAUGUGUUUGGAUCCCUAUUUCCUCUUGCCAAAUAAGAUUGGCGAGAAGUGAAAGGGGUGCCUGGACUUCCUUUCCCCUCCCUAACUGAUAAGAAAUCAUGGGCUGUAUAUGUGGACUUGUGGAUUGGGCACAGGACCAGAAAAGAGGUAAGAUGGGGUGUAUUAUGAAUGGGUCUACACAUGCAGAAGAAUAAGAUGUGAUUUAGGUGGUAAAAUGGAUUGUAUGCUUCCCCAUAUAAAAAGAAACAAACUCUCUGCAAACAGAAAACCAGCACAGCAAGCAAAUGUCUAGAUCAGAAUCUUGCUGUUUGCAGAGAAGGUGUUCUUGUUUUUUAACAUAAGAAACAUUUUCCUAUUCUUAUUGAAUAUAAGAAAAUAUUCAAAAUGUUAUCUUUGAUCUACUGUAUAUGCAAAGCCAGCCUGUGGUCAUGCACAGCAGCUUGCUAUGAUCAUCAGAUUGUCUGUUUCUGGAUUGAGACCAGUGCUUAUGAGAAGACAGGUCUAAUGUACAUUGGACAUUUAAAAAAAUGGAAUCAUUGUUUGAUUAUAUAAGGUUGUUUUGUGAUACUGUACUAUAAGUUGUUAAACACAUUAUUUUCAUGUGUGUUUGAAUGCUUUUUGUGAAACUUAAAACAGUUAACUUUGUAGUGUAACUUCAUUUUAUUACAUUUUGCAUUUUCAAAGUAUCAUUGCAUUUGGAGACAAAGGUUAAAAAAAUGUUUUCCAGGCAUUUUUAAUUUUGAACCCCCUAAAACUAUUGAACAGAAUGGCUGAAUAUAAAAUCAUUAUUAGGUUGUUUAACUCAAAUAACAGAGGGUAUUCUGAAAAGAUUUUGUAUUUUACAUUACCUGACCUUUUCAUUGUGUAGUAAUGUUUGGUAAACUAUAAUUUGUGUUCAAAUGUAUGGUAGCUGUGAUGUCUGUUACAUGGCACAAGCACUGCAUUGUAUUAAAUACUUGUAGUCAGUGUUCCCGCUAGCAGGGAUUCCCAGAUGUUGUUGACUACAGCUCCCAGAAUCCCCAGCUGCAGUGGCUUUUGCAGUGGGAUUCUGGGAGGUGUAGACAACAACUGUGAAUCCCUGUUAGAGGGGAUACUGCUUGUAGUGGCAGUAAAACUAUGUGUCACUUCAUAAGCAAUUAUACAAUUUUGUGUUUGGAGUAGUACUACUGUUAUUUCAUAACUUAAGAUAUUAUUUUCAAUAAAACACAUGAAGUUGC